UGUGAGGACUCCCGAGCUGCACCUUGUCCUGUGUGAUCUCUGCCUGCUUUUCCUGGGCUGGCUGUGUUUUGAUGAGCUAGGACAGGAGACCGAGUCCCCUGCACCCUCCCAGAGCACGAUGCCAGGGAGGAGAGCAGAGCUACGGUUUUUGCUGUUGAGUGGGGAAUAGGGAAAACAUGUGCCUUAGUACUAUUUUCUGCCUGGCCGUUACAUGCUUGUCUGAGCUGCUGCAAGGUGCCACUUUGUGUUGCUUUUCUCCCCUUUGUUUUCUUUGGCAGCUUUUGCUGUAUCAAAACAGCUUCAGGGGAGCUGUGCUGGCACGGUGACCUACCUCCAUACUGGUGUGCUGGUUUGAAUGCAGCACGAAGAAACCUGGACGGAAGUCGUGUUGAAAUUGUUUAGCCUUUCACGAAAGCCACAGAGAAGGGGACGCGAACAAUUUCAGAAAGGUCUUUUUUUGGAAGUGAGGGCAGUAGCUGGCUUGAAAGAAAAUGAAAAAGGAGUGUGUUUCGAGGUCUUUCAAACUCAAACAAAACACAGGCUCCCUCUCGCGCGCCGUAAGCUGGAUAAAUUUCUCCUCCUUGUCAAGGCAAACAAAGAAAUUGUUUCGCAGCGAUGGUGAACUCUCCUCCAUGUGCGUGCAGCAGGUAGAUGAGGAUGAUGAGAACUGGACCUACAGAAGCCCCCACAGAAAAGCUGUUUCCAACCUAGAUGAAGAGAGUAGAUGGACAGUCCAUUACACUGCUCCAUGGCACCAGCAGGAAAAUGUGUUUCUGCCUUCUUCAAGACCACCUUGCGUGGAGGACCUGCACCGACAAGCCAAAUUGAACCUCAAGUCAGUACUGAGAGAGUGUGACAAACUGCGAAGGGAUGGCUAUCGGAGCUCUCAGUAUUACUCUCAAGGCCCAACCUUCUCCUCUUCCUCCAGUGCAAUCUGUGGAAGUUACCAGGAUGAUUAUGAAGAAAUUGAACAAAAGUGUUCCGUCUCCUCCCCAGAAGAAGAAAAGCUCAUUGCCGUCAAGAGGCCUAGAACGCCCAUUUCAAAUGAGUUAUCAGAUAUCAACACCCAAACCAACUGGACGAAGUCACUCCCUCUGCCAACACCAGAAGAGAAAAUGCGACAACAGGCACGGGCAGUCCAAACAGAUGUGGUUCCUAUUAAUGUGACUGGGGAGAAUUUCGACCGCCAAGCCAGCAUUCGGCGGUCUCUAAUUUACACAGACACGGUGGUAAGACGGCCGAAGAAAGUCAAAAGGAGAAAGACUAUUACAGGAAUCCCUGACAACAUACAAAAGGAGCUAGCAGUUGGCAGUGGCCAAAGCGAUUUCCGUGGACAUUCGAUGUAUGUCCCUGAUCACUGUUCCACGCUAGGGAGACUAGACAGCUAUCGCUCUGCUAUGCAGCGGUCUGAAACCAAGGACACCAGCUGCCAGACCGAGGACGUGAAAGUUGUGCCCCCUUCAAUGAGAAGAAUACGAGCGCAGAAAGGACAAGGUAUUGCCGCCCAGAUGUCUCAGUUCUCCAGCUCGUCUGGAAACAUGUCGGUGAUGAGUGAUUCUGCUGCAGUUAUAUUUGCUUCUCGCCAAAAUAGCGACGUAGGUUUUCACAGCUUGCCUCGGGCUGGUGUGAGAGUGUCUCUGCAGUCCCUAGAACAGACACAGAGCAUCUCUAGGCAGACAGAAGACGUCGCCAGCGCUUUGCCGCACCAGAUAAGUAAAUUGCAAGUGGAUGAUAGUAUCGUGCAUCUGAGGAACAAUCCCACUACAGGAACCCUCUCAAGGCCAAAGUCUCAGGAGGUGAGAAGUUACGAGAGUGAAAAGUCCACAAGCCCAGCGUGUGUGGUCUCUCCUCAUGCCACCUACUCAACAAGCAUCAUACCCAAUGCAACACUGUCAUCCUCCUCAGAAGUUAUUGUUAUUCACACUGCCCAGAGUGUUGGAUCAUUGGAUAGUAAAAUUACCAGCUCUGCUGCCUAUCCAAGGCCAAGAGACAAUCCUGUUGCCAGCAAUGCAAUAAGUGGGAAAGAAGAUCACCAUUCUUCAAGUGGUAACUGGAGCGAGAGCAGCUCCACGCGCCACUCACAGACUUCAGAUACCAUGCCAUCUAAUACUGUCAUGAUGCUUUCUCUUGCUGACUCUGCAGUCUCCCUCAGCACUCCUGGAAAUGUGGAGGCUGGCUCUCAGAGUGUGAGCUACAGCUGUAGGAACAAUCUUGACUUACCGAGCCAGUCCCAGGACAGUGAUGGUAGGAGUGAAUCUAGCUAUUCAGGGGAGCGAACGCAAGCAACGGUGAACAGCACAGAGCAUUGGCUGUACAGAUCUGUGGAAAAUAGUGAGACUCCUUCACACAAGAUGGCUUGUGCCACACCAGGCUGUGCCACUCCUGUGAGCAAUUUGAGCAGCAGCAGCCUGGAAAGGACAUCAGUCAAAGAAGAUUCUACUUCUCUCUAUUCGGUGGACCAUGAUGGUUAUUACACUUCCAUGCAUAUAGACUCUGGACUGAAGUCAGACAAGCCAUGCAAUAGUAGUAAUGGUUUUGGGAACCCCAGGGACAGUGUGAUUAACGUCUUUGAUGGAAAAGAGAAAAAACAUCAGGAAGACCAGUCAAGCCAAGCUGACAAAUUUCUUGCAAGAAAUAUCUCUCUAAAAAAGGCAAAGAAGCCACCUUUGCCACCAUCCAGAACAGACUCGCUUAGAAGGGUACCCAAGAAAAAAGCCCAGUCCAACGGACAGGUACUUGAUGAAACCCUCAUUGCUACCCUCCAGCAUUCUCUGCAGUUGAAUCUCAAGUGCAAAAAUGGCAGCUCCCCUUCCCAGAGCCCCUGCAGUGAUUAUGAGGAUCCCUGGGUGUUGCGCUCCCGCAGCCAAAGCUCCGUCAGUGCGAGCAGCAGCAUGAUGUCCACCACUGCUCCAAACCUGUACUCCAUCUGCACGGUCACACCCUCUCAGAGUGAAACAAGCAGCAUCAAGUCCGAGUACGCUGACCAGUGGGGCUACUACAGCGACUAUGCUGCCGUGGCAGACGACCACGUAAAAUCCCCAGUGACUCAUUCAGCCAGUACAUCGUCUGCUCUCAGCGAUUACAGCAUCAGCCACUUUAGUGAUGGCUCAAGGGCUUCUGUGCCACAAGUGCCCAGCGGACUGGCCAAACCAAAGAAUGUUUCUCCGGAGAAAUCUCACCGAGUUACAUCGCCAUCGAGUGGGUACUCCAGCCAGUCCAAUACGCCCACUGCGCUUACUCCAGUGCCUGUAUUAUUGAAGUCUGCAUCAUCAGGAAAUGGGAAACCCAAGCUGAAACCUAAAGUGCCUGAAAGGAAAUCCUCUCUUCUGUCUUCAGUCUCCAUUUCUUCAUCUUCCACUUCUCUUUCUUCAAAUACGUCUACUGAAGGGAGCGUGAGUGUGAAGAAACUGGACCCCACCCUGAGCUCUGCUCUGGAUUCUGGUGCACCUCCUCCACCACCUCCCCUUCCAACAUCUCUUCCUCAUUGUCCUGAUCUCUCUCUUCUCCCUCCCCCCCCUCCAGCAGAAGUCGUGGAUCUGUCACCGUUGCCAGCCUCUCCCACAUUCCCCCCUCCUCCACCAGAAGCUGAUGUAAAUUCUUCCUAUGCCCAGAGUGUCCCAUGGUUUCCACAAGAAACCUCUACUAGUUCGUUCUCUUCCCCUGUUCCUCCUCCUACUGCUUUUCCCUCAGCUGUCCCACCACCAGCACCACCUCUUGAUCUCAAACUGACAAAAGAUGUAACAAAAUACUCACAGUAUUCUUUUAAGAAACGUAACCAGGAAGAUUCUUGCUAUAGUCCAGUGAAACAGCCAUUCAAUAAGCAAGAUGCAUUGAGGCCUGUGAUGCCCUUAGUAACUACCAAAGCAUUGCAAAUGGUGCAGCUGAGAUCUGUGAAAAAAGCGACAGAAGGUGAACUGCCACCUGAAUCUGCUUCUGAAACCAUCUCUCAGGAAAAGGGUACUGUAAGUUCACCACCACAGUCUUCCCUAAAGCCAUCUUUCUCACUAAGACUGAGUAACAGCUUAGGUGAAGAGGAGACGAAAACUCAUGGCGCUUCGUUUAAAAACUCAGUUCAAACACUAGCUCAGAGUUCUCUUCUGACUCUCUCUGACAAUGUACCUGAGCUUGACAGUGAUCAAAAAGCUGCAAGUGCUGUAGGUCUAAACAAGUCUGUCAAUGCUGAUUUACUGGGAACAGCUACUGAAGAUGCACUGGAGUCUUCAGUGCAGAAUGAAGACUUCCAUUCUGGCUCUAUCAGCACGUCAGUUCAGGGGUCACCAGCGUCUCCAGACAAGACUCAGGUCAUAUUGCCAAACAAGAAACCCCCUCCUGUUUCUAAGAAACCCAAAUUGUUCCUUGUUGUACCACCUCCAGAGUUAGAUCUUACAGUAGAGAAAAUAGCUGAAAUGAGUGAUACUGUCAGAAGCACAUCAAGCCCAACGAAGAGAGACACUGUGCUUGCACACUGCGAGGAGGCGAGAAACUGUCUUACAGAUGGACUCAGUUCUAGCGAGAUGGACUCUGGCAGCCUGGUUCCUGAGGGCGGAGCUGCUCGAUUCACCUUCUCUGAAACUGAGGGAGCUAAUGCCUUUAUAGUACAGCCUGCUGCAUCACCAGUUCAAGAAGCUCCCAGACAGGAGGAACAGCCCACUUUCGAUGAAGGAAGCUGUUCAGGCAACAGCCAAGACAGCAGCAGUAACGCUGACGGGCACCUAUCUCAGGAGAACGAAAGUGCCGAGGUGUUUGAAUUGGAUACAGCAAAUAGUUCGUUCCUGCCAAGCCAUAGUUAUGGGGAAGAGACAGACGGGGUGGCAACACCAGCAAGACCAAGGACUACUGAGGAUCUUUUUGCAGCCAUUCACAGAUCCAAAAGGAAAGUCCUUGGCCGUAAAGAUUCUGAAGACGAUCGUACCCGCAACCAUUCUCCAUCACCCCCCGUAACGCCUACUGGUGCUUCCCCAGCCUUAGCUACCCUCAAACAAGCAGGAUCUAUUCAGAGAAGCGUUCGUAAGAGCAGCACCAGCAAUGACAACUUCAAAGCCUUGCUGCUGAAAAAAGGGAGCCGCUGUGACACCAGUUCCCGCAUGUCAGCGGCCGAGAUGUUAAAGAACACGGACCCACGGUUCCACCGGACGAAGACAGAUGCUGCCCCUGACCUUUCUGACAGCCCUGCCAGCUGCUCACCCAGCAAGAGCAAACGGGCCCAGGAGGAAUGGGCCAAGAGUGAGGGCCUGAUGCCAAGGAGCAUGUCCUUCUCUGGCACCAGGUAUGGCCGAUCACGAACGCCCCCCUCAGCUGCCAGUAGCAAGUACAACGUUCGCAACCGCAUCCAGAGCAGCCCCAUGACUGUAAUUAGUGAAGGAGAUGGGGAAGUGGUGGAACAGUCAGAGGGCAGGAUCCGAAGGACUAUGGAAGAACAGCAAGAGAGGCAGCUUGAUGUGUUUAACAGUGAUGAAAUGGACAUGAAUGACUUUCCAUAUGCUGAGGAGCCUGGCUGCAAGGAGACCUUGGAUCCAGCCCAAGUAGACUUACUGACUCAACCAGGUACUUCAAAGAAGUAUCUAAGCCCUUCAGCUGAAGAAAGUUAAGAGGCAGUGACAAAAGGAUUGGGUAUUAGUCUAGAAAAUGACAGAGGACUAGAUCCCAGAAGAAAGCCCAGACCAGGACAAGUUGACUUUGCUGAGCAUUUAUUCCAUGAACUGCAUGUGUGUGUUUAAAUGCUGAAGCAAUGAUAGUUCUGCACGGUUGGGAUGGGGUGGGGAGGACUUGCUUUGAGUGAGUGGUCUGUGGCGUAAAGAAAGCAACAGUUGAAAUUUUUGUGUAAAGCCUUAGAAGUCCUCUUGGGGGGAAGUUUUCUCAGAGCCUGUAGGGGUGUGAUGUUUUUCUUUUUCUUGAGAUUGCAAUUGUGAGAGCAAAACUUAGGGAUAAACCUGAAAAAGGAAUGGGAAGGCUUCUGUGGCACAAGCUGGACACUUGCUUCGAAAGCAUUGUAUUGGUGCAGCAUAGUGCAUAUACGUUAAGCACAGAACGGUAGGAUGAGGCACACUCACCUGUGAGAAGGUAGUAGGUUUGGCGCUGGGGUUGCAUGGCUUCUUCCUACGGUAUGCCCCCAUGUUAGAUGAAGUACGUCCUGUUAAUGCAAAUAGGUCACCAGGUUAUGAAUUGGUUGAGGGUACUAUUUUUUUUUUUCCUGAGGGAAAAUGAAAUACUUAGUUAACAUGGAAAAGGGAGCACAGAUUUAUAACAUAAUAUUAGCUGCUAUGCAGCCACACAUGCACACUUGGUGAAACAUUCAUUUUCAAGUGAAUUGCUUCCUUGAAUAGUGUAUUCCCUUAGAGAACUGGAACAGCUGGAUACGUGCCGAGGAUGUAAGCAAACAACCGAAAAUUGGGAGAGGAAUUAAGCAAUAUACUGCCAGAGUUCGGAAGGGUUAGGUUUCUGAGUUGAAAAACAAAAUUUGACUUUGAGAACUUGCACUACAGAGCUAUAGGUGGAGCCUUUCUUUCAAAAUAGAAACUUGGGAGUUAUGUUUUACCAGAAGUCUUUCUUCCACUUCUCAAAAUGGAAAGAUUAUUGUUUUUCAUCACUUGAAAUAUCAGAUACUUAAUAACUUUUGGUUACCAAAGAAUAAGUUACAGUUACUUCCCUUUUUGAUUUGCCUGCAGUAUUUCUUUUCUUUUUUUAACCGUAAUAAUUUAGUGAGGUUUGGUUUUUUUUUUUGUAUAUUUUACAGAUAAUAAAAACAUUUAAUGGUUUUCCAAUUGUAAAGAAAGCCAUUAAUUAAAACUGAAACAUUGGCUGGAGUUUUUGGUUCUUAGUAGGAAUUAAGCUUUUAAUUUUUAAGAAGAAUUUUGCAUCAUUGGAUGGCGUGCGCAGUUUUUGUAUUGUUUGUAAAUACUGGAAGUUGUUAAAAUAUCUUUUGAUCUCCUUACCGUAGGAUUUAUACAUUUUUAGAUUGCUUUUAAGAAAAAGCACUCCUUGUAGAUUAUUUAUUUUAGCGAAAUAUGCUUGUAAUCGCUUUCUUCAGUCCUUCACUUGUCAGUAAUGUAAAUUUCAGGGGCCUUCGUUUAACUCUUCCUUUCACAAGACGGGAACAGUGAUGAAAAUGUGUGACUUUGCUUCAAUAAAGAAAAAGGCUGCCAGUUGCCAUAUUGUCUUUUGAGUUGAUUAAAAUCUCAUUCAAAAGAUGUGUCCAGCAGUGUAUGGCAACAGACUGAAUGCUGUAAACCAUACAUCCAGCUACUAAUCUUCCCUUUCUGCUGCAAAAUUUAUCAAUUCAAUGUAGAGGCAACUAAAGAGUACUUACAUAUCCAGCCCGUUUUGACAUGUCAAUAAUGCUGAGAGUAAAAGACUUGAAAUAAUCCGAAGCUUUUUUCCAGUAUCAUUUGUGUGUGUUUCUGCUACUUCUCUCUUACUGGCACCCUGUCCCACAGAACUAAAAUUCCUGGAGAAGCAGAUUAUAGGCAAAGUGAAUGAGGAGUAAGUGAAAGGUGAAUCCAGCUGCACUCACAGGAACAGGAAUGGGAUGAAGUGGUGCACAGCAAACUUCCUGCCAUUUUACACACAAAACAUAUUUAAAGAAGCAUUUAAUUAUUGGAAUUAAAUCAAAACCUAAUUGGAGCAUUUCAAAUAUUAUUAAUACUGAUCUGAACUACAUACUGUUGCAAAAAGAACGCUAAACGUUCUGCAGCUGCUAAAUGCCUAACAAGAGUUGGUGCUAAUGUUUCUCCCAGGUUUGACCGCAUUAAACUUAGAGCUGUAUGUCAUUUUAACAGUAGAUGCUUUCCUUUUCAAAGCUGUGUGUAAACUUAAACUAAUAGCACCAUCCUCACAAGCAAGUACUCAGGCUUUAUUUUAUUGUUUACAAAUGGGGAAAUAGUGUAAGUCACUGAAAAACUGCAGUACUGGAGGAAGUUACAGUUCUGUUGUCUGCAACUUCUGUAUUAUUUUGCAGCAUUUUGCAUACUGUGCCUCUAGGAAGGAGCCCAGCCAAUUUAAUUGCCUGAUGCUGGCCAUAUGAUGCUGCCAGAAGUUUUUAUAGGGUUUGUGGUGAACUCUUCAGACACUCUUGGGUUGUAUACCCACCAUCUUGUCCAUAUACGUAGGUGAGACCAGACUUCAGGGCAACAUGGGCUGAGUUUCUUCUCUGACUGCAGGUAGCCUUGAUGCUCAUCUAAAGCCCACAUCUGGUGCAAGGUGAGUUUGGGCUGAGGCUUAGCCUUUGGCUAGUGUUUAUGUAACCUUACUGAUGUUGUUACAGGACUACAUUUUACACAGUAUGAGAUGUAGUAAAAUAUGCAAAAUGUGUUGGAAUAUGUUUUAAUCGUGCUUAUAAUUAUAUUUAUUUAGACAGCUGAUAUGAUUUUCAUAUGGUGUUAUCACCAUUAAUCUCCCCUCUGCCAUAUUCCUGUGUAGCUGCCUUCAGAAUUGUAUAGUGGCUAUUUUUUCAGCCUUCAGAGCACAGCAGCUUUAGGGUGUGUUUUCUGAACUGGCAACAACUUUGGUGCAAUGUAAUUGUGCUGAGGAAAACAUGCUUAAUUUUAUGUCACGUGUUCAGCUUCAAAGUUACUUUCCUCCAUUAUGAAUUUCCUCCUUAGGACAGUUUUGCAGUCCUGGCUUUAUUGGUCAACAAGCGUAGAUUAAGUUUAGCAAAUCUCUGCCAAGGACAUCUAGAGCACUAGGAGGGGAGGAAAAAUAUGCAAACUUUGGUUAUGCUAAGGCAGAAAAGUAGACUGCUGUUAUCCCGAUGCUUAAUUCAUAAGCAUGCUGUUAUAGGGCUUGUUCAUAGUUUGCAGUUGGUUUACAGCUUGCCUCUAAGACAAAAAUUGUUGUUGAAGCUAAUUAGAUGUAAGCUUAACUUCUGGUUUUCCGUUUAUGAAUGUUAUUGAACCUCAGCCUUUUCUCUAAACCUUGCUCUGUAUUAACUCAUUUUAUGCUUCCUUCACUAUAUUCAAAGUUCUUUCCUACUGCUUUCGGAUGUAUGUAGCCCUAAUCCUCUUUGGAACUAGAGCUCUUAAAUUAUUAGAAGUUAAUUCAUCCAUAAGGUUGGGUGGCAGUUACAAAUCUUCAAUGUUAGUAUAGUGGAGAGAGGGAGAUUUAAUGCUAAUUUAAACAGAGGACAGUUACGCAAGGAGCAAUAACUUGGUGAGAGGAGUUUGGGAAGGUUACGAGAAAUAAGUUAAAAGAGAAUUCAGGAACAAGUGGAUUUGAUGAAGAUGGGGUUUUGCGGACCCAGGACUGGCAGCUGGUUCAUGCAUAUGGCUCAGCAUGAAAGAAGGCACAGAAUAAUGGCGGAAAAGGUGAAGCAGGCAGAUUACUGAGAAGAAGAGAAGAACAGCAAAUGCAAAGAACGACAGUAAGAUAUUAGGAGGGUGGGUUUAUGCAGAAUCUUGAAGAUAAAGAAAAGAAGCUUCAGCACAUACAGGAAGAGAUUAAAAGGCAAAGGAACAAUUAGGUAGUUGCAGCAAAAGGGGAGACAAAUUUUAGCCUUUUAUGUUUCUUUACAGUCUGAAGGGGAAUGCAUUCAGAAGGCCAAAGACAGCCAGGCAUUUUACAAGAGGAAAAAAACGCCAAAAUAAGUGAGCUUGGAAGAGAAGAAAUGAUAGUCUGGAGCGAGAGUCUGGAAGUGCUGGGGCGUGACAGGACAGUGGGGCUAUCCUGCCUGUGAGCCUGAAAUUAAGAUGCUGGGAUUAAAGUGAAAAUCGGGAAAGAAGUGUUAGAGAUCUGUUCUAGGAGACAUCAAGCAAUGCUGGAGAGGCAACUUAGAGGCUCAAGCAGAACAGCACUUGGAAUGGUUCUGUACAUAAAAUGGUUCUGAAAUUUGGCAAGAAUAUGGGAUCAGAGAGAAGAAAGCUCAGAUUCAUCCUGCCUAAUUUCUACCUACAUUCAUGUGUCCAGUGAUUCCUACUGACUGGCUGCAGUCCUCCAGAGAUGCCUGUGUUCCGGUAACUCUCUAAACCUUUUCAGUCAUUUCAUGGAGUGAAGAAAGGUCAGUUGUGCACGCGGCACAGGGACAAAUGCCUUCAUGGUAUUGCAGGCAAAUAUCUUGUCAGGUAUUCUUUGGAUCCUAUAAAGUUCUGGAAAAGUUGCUGAUAGCAGUCACUCCUCCAACAAAGCUGGUGCUACAGUGCAUUUAUUUAAGUGGUUCAAAAUGAUAUAUGGUCUGCUUCUAUAAGAGAAGAUAAAAAGGAUGAACUU